AUGUUACGUACAAUUAGAGACAUGGAUCCACGUGUUGUUGACAAAGCUCAUAUGACAAAUACAUAUAUUUUGGAGUCAAUCAAUGGAGAACUUAAUGAUAUUGAAGAAUAUUUGAAUCAAAAUAAUAAUGAAGCAACCAGCAAUAAUAAUCAAGUAUCAGAUACGGCAGAUCUAGAAAAUAUUGAUUUGUUGCUGCCAAAGCCAAUGUCUCCAAAGUCAAUGUCUCAAAAGCCAACGUCUCAAAAAUCAGCAUCUACAUUUGAAAGGCCAACGUCUCAAAAAUCAGCGCCUACAUCUAAAAAAUCAACGUCUCAAAAAUUAGCGUCUACAUUUGAAGAACAACAUCAUCUCAAAAAUCAAAACCAACAUCCAAAAAAUCAACCAAAAGAGCUUUGCAAGUUCCAUCUUCUAAAACUCCAGUAA